GUUAGGCGCGCCGCCAGGAUGCGGAAGCGCCGCUCCAGGCCGACAGCCUGACGGAGGAGCGCCGGUGGCCGCCGCCGCCGUCGCCGUCAUGGCUAUGUGGAACGGGCCGGCGUGCGCGGGCUUCCUGGCGCUGGCCGUCGGCUGCGUGCUGGUGCUGCAGCCCGAGCUGCCCGGUUCGGCGCUGCGUGCGCUCUGGGGCCCCGUGCUCAGGGCGCCGUCGCCCGGGGGGACCUCUGCCGAGGGCCGGCUGGCGGCGGCUUGGGAGACGCUCAUCGUGCGCCCCGCGCGGCCGUGGAGCCGCGUGGCCGUGGGAGUCAAUGCCUGUGUGGAUGUAGUCCUCUCAGGAGUGAAACUCUUACAAGCACUUGGCCUCAGUCCUGGUAAUGGGGAAGAUCAUAGUGUCUUACAUUCAAGGGAAGAACUGCAAGAAGCCUUCAUUCAUUUCAUGGGCAAGGGAGCAGCUGCUGAGCGCUUCUUCAGUGAUGAGGAGGCUUUUCACAACAUCUCUCAGAUCGCAUCCGCCCUCCCAGGAGCCCAGCACUAUGUUGGAGGAAAUGCAGCUUUAAUUGGGCAGAAGCUUGCAACAAAUUCAGAUUUGAAGGUUCUUCUUUGUGGUCCAGUUGGUCCCAAGCUGCAUCAACUUCUUGAUGACAAUAUAGUUGUUCCCCCGGAAUCAAUGCAAGAAGUAGAUGAGUUCCACCUCAUUCUGGAGUAUCAAGCAGGGGAGCAGUGGGGACAGUUGACUGCGCCCAAUGCCAACCGAUUCAUCUUCUCACAUGAUCUGUCUAAUGGGGCCAUGAAUAUGCUGGAAGUGUUUGUGUCCAGUCUGGAAGAGUUUCAGCCAGACCUUGUGGUGCUCUCUGGAUUGCAUAUGAUGGAAGGACAGAGCAAGGAGAUUCAGAAGAAGAGACUUCUAGAGGCUGUGAUUUCUAUCUCUGAUAUCCCCACUGACAUUCCAGUUCACCUAGAGUUGGCCAGUAUGACUGACCAGGAACUUAUGAGCAGUAUUAUGCAUCAGCAGGUUUUCCCUCUGGUGAAUUCCCUUGGAUUGAAUGAACAGGAGCUGCUCUUCCUUAGCCAGUCAGCGUCUGGUCCUCACUCUUCUCUCCUUGCGUGGAGUGGCGUCCCUGAUGUGGGUGUCGUCAGUGACAUUCUCUUCUGGAUCCUGAAGGAGCAUGGCAGGAGUAAAGAGAGAGCAUCAGAUCUCACACGGAUCCAUUUCCAUACUCUAGCCUACCACAUUCUGGCAACCGUGGAUGGGCACUGGGGUAACCAGCUUGCUUCCGUGGCUGCAGGAGCCCGUGUAGCAGGGACACAGGCCUGUGCCUCAGAAACAAUCGAUACCAGCCGCGUGUCCCUCAAGGCUCCCCUAGAGUUUCUGACUUCACAUUCAGAGGCAGGCUCUAGGAUAUCUGUAAAUCCAAAUGAGCCAGUGGUUCAGUGGCACAGAGAGGGAAUCUCUUUUCAUUUCACUCCUGUCUUGGUUUGUAAGGAUCCCAUCCGAACUGUGGGCCUUGGGGAUGCCAUUUCAGCAGAAGGACUAUUCUAUUCAGAAGUAUACCCUCACUGAUGUGAACAGGGGUAGGGUUGAUGCCUCUGAGGAAGUAUAGUUGGCCUGAGAAUUUCGGAUAUCAGUAGAUGGUUUAAGAAAUAGAAUUUAGGAUGUUAAAGCAAGUUCUAGAUCUAAUUAGAGGAUAGCCAAAGAAAUAACUAUAUCAACACAUUCCAGCCUAUUGGCAUUGACAGGAAGCAUUUCAGAUUUUAAUCAAGAAAUUUUAGCUCUUUACUGGUAAGACUGGAGAGUGUGUGAGUGAGUGAGUGAGUGUGUGUGUGUGUGUGUGUUGCCUGUUGCAGAGAAGAAAUCCCCAUUCUCUGCAGAAGGUCACCAAUUGCUCAUUUAAUCCAACUCCUUAGCAUAAUUUGAAAGCAUUGACAGCUGGAAGGAGGAUUUCCCUCCUUGCCUGGUCCUGAAGAGCAUGCCGGUCAGCCUUUGGUCCUGCCUUGUUGCGGAUUAAGCCCAGUCAAAGGCUCUCGAAUCCUCUCCCAGUAGCACAUUGCUCAAUGGCUGAAGCAAAACUUCCAUUCAUUGUUAUGAUCAGAACAUUCAACAAGGAAAACCUCUUAACCUCCUGCUCCAGCAUAAAUAGAAGAAAGUGGGAAGCCUGCUGUGUUUAAAUGCAGGCAGGCUGGAUCCACACUCCCUGGGCCCUUGAAGCUGUGGUGUGCUGACUUUGUGUGUCAUGGGUGGAAGGGAACAUGCCCUCCUUUCCUCUCAUUUGAUGACCGCAGGAGCUGCCUCUAUGCACAUGGGCUGGCUUGGUGAGAUCAAAGUGUUUGUAGCUUUAUGCUUGGCCUCAUCGUCUAGCUUAAGGCUGAGUUGUUGCUGCGGAAUUUGACCUUUUAUUACUCUGAUCCUUCUUUGUGAAACUGGAAUAUGCUUCCCUGUCCAUGAUACAUUGUUUUUCUCAGUCAUGUGACACAAACUUAAUUCCGUUAAAGGUGCAAGUUGACCUCAUCAGAUGCUGCAAGAAGAGCACCUAAGUAUUACAUCUAUGUUACAUUAUGUAUUUAUUUUUAUAAUGUAAGAAUACUUUUCUGUGUGCUUUAAACUUUUUUAAACAUGAUUUACAUUUCAGUUCCCUCAAGAACUUUUUACAUGUCUGUUUUGGGAAACAAUAGAAGUGGCUGGGUAUAACAGGAAUGCAGAUAAAAUGUAAAUUCACUUCUACCUGGAAAUGUGAAUUAGGUCAAUUCCCCUACUCCUGGGUAUCUGUCACUUGGCCCUCCCAGGUCUUGUAUCAGACUAUCCUUUCCAGUGUGUCAGAACUGUUUGUAGCCCAGCCUUUCACAAGUAAUGGAUGUCAUGGGAUGUGUCCAGGUGGAGGGGAGCAGCAUGAGGAAGAAGCAGCAGCAAGGCCAAAGUGACCCACUGGACACUUGAUCUCUCAGUGGAUCUCUCUUUGGCCUAACUUUCAGGCUAAAAAGAAAUUUGCUCUUGCAUUUUGCCACAAAAGGAAAGCCCAAAAUAAAGCCGCAGGGAGGCAUUUGGAGCAGCCCAGCAG